AUGUAUCUCAGAUUAGGGUUUGCGCUCCAGCACAACAGAGACUCCUCCUCCUCCUCCCACUUGGCAACACUCAUGACUUCAUCCUCCUCCUCCUCGAUAACCGGACACCGACAUUCUGUGUACAGUGUUCCCACACGAUGCUGGUGCGGGAACAACCUAAAAACUUUUGCUUCUCGAACCAAAGAGAACCCAUUUCGGAGAUUCCAUAGAUGCGUCAUUGCUCUGGGGUCCCUUUCCAACUCUGUUCAGGAGAAGCUAGCUCGACAAGAAGCUAGUAUCGGGAAACUGAAAGAAGAAUUAGCACAAACAUUACUAAAGAUGAACCAGGUGAAUGUUACACAGCUGGAGGAGACUGACAACACAAACCAAACUGGAGUUGCAGGACACCGCAUUCACUCUCCACGAUUCACUGUCAACAUUGGUGUCGCUUUUGCUGUCCUGGGAGUUGCAGCAUGGUUCUCUUACAAACUCACUUGA